AUGGGCUCAAUCUCGCGAGACGAAAUCAACGUGGAUCUUGUGGUCGUUGGCGGCGGCCCGACAGGCCUCCUCACAGGAUAUCUGUGCGAGCAGCUCGGAGUAAACGUGUGUAUUCUCGCCGUAGAUGCCAAGGCAGCACCUCUUGCCAUUGGCAGGGCUGAUGCUCUCAACGCCCGAACGCAACAGUACCUCGAGGUCGUCGGUAUCCUUGACGAGCUUCUCCCCGAGGGUAUCACCUGUAACACCAGCUCGACCUUUGCUGAUGGUGAAUUCAAGUCUCGUCAGAGCCACUGGUGGACGAGCUUGAAGCACACACAUCGCAAAAACUUCUUGAUGCUCGGCCAGCCUCUGGUGGAAAAGGCUCUCUCAUCACGGAUGAAGUCACCCGUGCUCUACGGUGAACACGUUACCAGUAUCAAUGAGGGUGACGAGGACGUCAUCGUAGGGACGAGUGGCGGCCGAACGAUUCGCAGUCGCUAUGUGGUCGGCGCAGAUGGUGCACGGUCGACGAUCAGGACGGCCCUGGGCGUCAACUUUACCGGCACCAAGCCUGAGAUGACGUGGGCCGUUCUGGACACGUUCAUCGAUACUGAUUUCCCCGUCUGUUCGGAGAUCGUCACGUUUCAGCUGAACCAGGAGAGCCGCGUGGCGUGGAUCCCGCGGGAGCGGGACCUGGCUCGUUUCUAUGUCCUUCUCGAGGGAGAAAUCACCGAGGAGAGGGCGAAGGAGUCGAUCCGGGCACACAUGGCGCCACACCGGGUCGACUUUGUCUGGACCGAGUGGUUCAUCAAGGAGCGCAUCGCCUCAACGUUUGUUACCAAAGAAGGCCAAGGCCGCGUCAUAUUGGCUGGCGACGCAGCUCAUGUCCACUCGGUCAAUGGCGGACAGGGCCUCAACACGGGUAUUGCCGACGCCUUCGGUCUCGCAUGGCGACUCGCAUAUGUGCUCACCAACAAGACGGCCAACAAGACGGCGGCGCAGGAUCUGAUAAAGAGCUAUGACUCCGAAAGACGAGUCGUUGCCCAGGGUGUGAUCGACGUCGCAGCGACCCUGGUUCGGGAGACUGUGCGGACUGCGAAGAGCUAUGUCUCCGCAAUUGAGAGGAACGCCGGCUACAUCACUGGCAUGGGGGUAUCUUACGAUGGCAUCGGCUCAAAGCUUAUCCACGACUCCUCCGUUGGCAUCUGGACGGCGGGGCACCGUUGCCCUGAUCUGUACCUGAUGCCGACGCUAGACGCUGAGGCCAAGCGGUUGUACUCUCUUCUCUCGUACGGCAGACACCUGAUUCUGCACGUCGGAAGGCCCGAGUCGCGGGCCGGUGGGGAAGCGAACAAGGCUAUCAGCGACGGCGUCGCCCGCACAUUCAGGGUUCUCCCCCGGCCAGAGGGUGCUGAGGCGCACGCCGAUGUUUCUCCAGGCGUUGAGGUUUUCUGGGCCAACUGGGUUCGUCCAACAGACAACUAUGUGGUCAUUGUCCGGCCCGACUUGUACGUCGGUUUCGUUGGGAACAACGACCAGGAGUGGAGGAAUUAUCUUUCAUACUUGACGUAG